GUACUUAGCACAGUUCCCUAGGUCUCUUGUACUUCCCCUUGUCGUCUCUCUUUCUCAAAUAAUCUUCAAAUUAUUACUGGUAUCAAUCUCCAUUGUUGUAGAUCGAUAAUCCAUCCCCCAUUGGAGAUUUGGGGAUGAAAGAGUCAAUCAAAAGCAGUACCAGCAGCAGCGAUGAAGCUGUCUGGGAAAUUAGACCCAGUGGCAUGCUUGUUCAGAAGAGAGAAAACGAUGCUGCCUCUAAUCCCACUAUCAUCAUCAAGGUCUCGUAUGCUUCUCAGGAAUUUGACCUUCCUGUGCCACCUGAAUUCACUUUUGGUGAAGUAAAAAGUAUCCUUUCCUCAAUAAUCGGUUUGGAGCCUAAGGUGCAAAAACUUUUAUUCCGUGGAAAAGAAAAAGAAGAUCAUGAAUAUCUGCACUUGGUUGGUGUGAAAGACAAUUCCAAAGUGUUAGUUAUGGAGGAAGAAACGGUUGAGGAAAAAAUUCCUGAAGAGGUUAGGGUUACCACUGAAAUAUCAAGAGGAGCCGAAGCUGUUGCUGAAGUGAGAACAGAAGUGGAUAAGCUCUCAGAGCAGGUCUCUGCUGUACAAGCAGUCGUGUUUGGUGGUACUAAUGUUGAGCACAAGGAUAUUAUCCAUUUGACAGAAAUGCUGAUGAGACAGCUACUGAAAUUGGACGGCAUUGAGGCUGCAGGAGAAGUAAGAGUACAAAGAAAGUCGGAGGUUCGUCGUGUCCAAAACUUAGUAGAGGCAAUGGAUGCACUAAAAGCAAGAAAUUCCAAUCCCUUUAUCAACAACAGUAAUGCCGUGUCAGUGACUACUCAAUGGGAGACAUUUGAGUCGGGGGUUGGAAGCCUGAACGCUCCACUACCACCUAGACCUGUGCUUGAGGUUGGAAGCAUGAACGCCCCAUCUCCUCCUAGACCUGUGCUUGGGGUUGGAAGCAUGAACGCCUCACCUCCUCCUAGACCUGUGUUAGGGGUUGGAGGACUGAACACCCCACCACCUCCUACACCUGUGCCUGGGGUUGGAAGCAUGAACACCUCACCUCCUCCUAGACCUACGUUUGGGGUUGGAGGACUGAACACCCCACCAUCUCCUACACCUGUGCCUGGAGUUGGAAGCAUGAACGCCUCACCUCCUCCUAGACCUGUGUUUGGGGUUGGAGGACUGAACACCCCACCACCUCCUACACCUGUACUUGGGGUUGGAGGACUGAACACCCCACCACCUCCUACACCUGUGCUUGGGGUUGGAAGCCUGGCCACCCCACCUCUUAGACCGCCCUCAACUAUAGUGACCGAGGAUUGGGAACAAUUCGAAUAGAGUAGCUGUAUACGUUUCCAUGUUAUGAUUUUGAAGAAACAGAAAAUGCCAGUUAUUAGGCACUAGUGACCACUAUUAUUUUGUCAUCUAUACUGUCGUUACAGUUACAUAUUUUUGGUGGAUGUAAGUUCAUGAUCAGGCAAACAUAGAGGUUUAAUGAAAUCGUGUUGGUAAGUUACUUCUGUGUGUUGUAUAAGAUUAAAUCAAAGUUUAGUGCAUAAUUCUUUUAUU